UGCCGUCAGCAGAAAGUCGCUUGAGUCGACAGCUGCUAGUCGUCAGUAGAGAAGUCAGUCGGUAUCAAUCGCGAAUCGGAGUUAGUUGUGCGCGCUGCGAGAAAGAUCGUCGAGACGAGACUCUUACUCCAACUCACUCAUUCACUUGUUUAACCAACGCUAAGCGUUUCCACGCAGGCACUGUACUCCCAAUCCUCAUUACACACCACUCGAUAGUCUGGCGCUUCUGUCGGACAACUGGCGAAAAGUCGAACAAACGUGCAAUUUGCUUUGAAUUGUGGCGCGCAAGCCGGAAUCUACCGGUCAGCAGACAUUCUCACAGUGAAUUUUGUGUUUCAACAAAACAAAAAGCACCGGGCACACUAUUACUAUUUCGCAUACAAUAAUUAAAAUCGGCUUUUGUUGCCACGCGCAUCGGUGACUCGAAAAUCAACACGCUUGUACAUACAUAUAUGGGUUUGUGAAAUACUACCUCAAUACGAAUACGAUAAAAAGCGAGGAUCACUCAGUCCCAGAACUAAAUGCAAAUCGAUCAUCGUGGAAAACACUUGAAAAUAAUAAAUCCCAUUAAUUCAUUAAAAUAUUUGCCUGCACACCGUCACUCCAGUGAUUAGUGAAACGUGGUGUAAUGCAUACAAACUGUUUCGCUUAAUAUGUGCAUUAGAGUCGCUGGGGACAACAGAUUGGUGCAUUGCUUCGCAUUUCGCAUUUUCCAAUGAAACAGUAAAUUCCCAUGAAGAAUUGUAAUUUGCAGCACGUCAACGGCGUUGAGUUCUCUGACGUACACAUAAGUAUGUACAUAUAUACAUAAUAUUAUAGCUAACGUUCGCGUCCCGCAGUGCGGUAUUCGUCAUAACACGUCCGGAACAACCGUUAAUUGUUAAAGUGCAAGUCGUUUACCUUUCAGUAUCAACAGCGUGCGAAGCUAACAUACAACAAAUCGUGUAAAGUACAUUUGUUAUUGGGUUUUUAUAAAGCAACUACAACAAUUAACUGACUUUCGUGGUAAAGGUUUGAGGAUUUUACCAAAACAAAUAAAUUAUUCGAAAAAUAAACAAUAAGAGAAGAAAUUCAAGCACACAUAUCGUGUAUAAAAGUGUAUACAUAUCCAUAUAUAUUAAGUGCAUACAUAUUAACACACAUGCUCAUAUUGACCAAGUCAACACAAGAAGAUCAGCUGCGAAAGUUUUGCUCGCGUUGUCUAGUGUGAAGAAGGAAAAGACGAUCGUGACUCAGACUGCUUCCCAACGUUGAUUGGUGGAAAGAUCUCACAUUUCCGCUUGCCUUACAAAAGAAUAGAAACUACAAAAUAACAUAAAAAUGGAUUAUAUUGUAAAAGCGUACAAAGAUUGGAAACUCCACUCUCAGUUCCAUGAGAUCGUACCCGAUAUGGAUGAUGCCGAUUACAUGAUGUUUAACGAGAAGCAAUCCAUUCGCGAAUCGGCGCGUUCACUCAAAAAAUAUGGUAGCACCUGCUAUAAUCAUAACAUAAGGAACAACGAGACGCUGAUACGACAUGACGUGGAGAAGACAGAUACACUCCAGGGCAUUGCGCUAAGAUAUGGAUGUUCGACGGAACAGAUACGACGCGCUAAUCGGCUCUUCGCCUCAGACAGUCUAUUCUUGCGUCAGUUUUUGCUAAUUCCAGUGGAUAAAUCGUCGCCGUAUUAUCCAAAAGCGGUUGAAAAUAAUCCAUUAGAAAUUAGUUCCAACAACACUGUGUUGCAAAAUAAUAUAAAUUCGCAAAAUAUUGUAAAUUCUGUACAUGCAAGAAAUACGAGUAACCCAACGGUUGAUCCACUUGGAGUAUUCGCAGCACCAAUCAGUUGUCUUGACUCAGCAAAUAAUCCACGUCCAUCCACGCUCCCAACUCGUCCAUACUCAAUCGCCGGUGAAUUAUUAGUGCAAAACAGCGACGAUGAUGUAACGCUAAACAAUCACAGCAGCAGCAGUAAUAAGCAGAGCAAAUCGCUUGACUCUGUGGUGGCUAUGACGCCGGAGGAGGAAAAUCGUAAAUCCAUAAACGAGUUUUUGAGCAAAAUCGAUUCAACUAUCUCGGAGUCGAGAAAAUAUGUUGAGAAAUCCAAAGAAAUGAUUACUAGCCAGAGUGACAACGAUCUGUUUGUUACCACCGAUUUUGUACAGCACAGGCGUAACAAUCACUUGAAUAAUUCUUACAAAACGAAUCGGCAAAAUCAAUCAAAUCACCAACGGCACAGUUCUUCAGGCAGCACAUCGGACACAGCGCAGCUAUUGAAUACCACGCAAACACGACACGUGCAGAAGUCACUGAAGCGACUAGAAAAACAGCAGGAUGAAUUCUUCGAAUUGUAGCACACACACAAGAAACUCAUCACAUCUCUGCGAUCCACUGAAUGCCCAUUAUAGAAAUUUUAAUAUUAGUUUUAAUGAAAUUUAAAAUAUACUAUAUUAUAUAUGUAGCUAUCGUGAGUAAUUAUGGCGGCAAAAAUUAACAUAGAAAUGUAUCCUUCUUACUAAGAGUAAAA